AUGGGGGGUAUACCUCAGGGGCCCCCUCCCCAGCGGCUUACAACAGGAGGAGAAAAAACAGAGCGCUGCGCUGAGAUCUUCUUUCCUAUCUCCCCUUGGACCCCUCAACGGGGGCCCCCCCUAGAGGCCCCGGGGGCCCUAGAGGCCCCUGAGGGCCCUAAAGCAGCAAGCCCUCGCGCCGCUUUGGGAGCCUCAGACUCCUCUAUUCCAAAUAUACGAAGCCCUGCAGAAGCCCCACCACAGCGACUAACUUCAGAUGAAAAUGAGAGUGCAUGCAGUCUUAAAAACAUACGCAGCCAGAGGCCCUUAAGGCCCCUAGGGGCCCUAGACUCCUCAGGGCCUCCAGGGCUUCCGCGAGCCCAAGGGCCCCCAGCGUUGUCGGGGCCUCCAGGGGCCCCAGGGGCCCCAUCAGGGCCCUCAGGGCCUCAAGGGGCCCCAGGGGCCCCAUCAGGGCCCUCAGGGCCUCCAGGGGCCCCCGGGGCCCCCGGGUGUAGUAGUAAUAUGGAUGAGGGCGUUGGUGUCGUUACAGCAGAAGACAGUCGAAAGCAAGACGAAGACUGCUCUGCUGGGCUCUGCUGCUCCUUGCAGCCAGACCCGCAGCAUGAGCAGCAGCAGCAGGAGCAGCAGCAGGAACAGCAGGAGCAGCAGCAGGAGCAGCAGCAACAGGAGCAGCAGCAGCAGGAGCAGCAGCAGCAGGAGCAGCAGCCGUCUGCCAAUGACUGCGGCGCGAGAUGCAGCAGAGAGAAGGCGCCCCUUAUCCCCGGAGUGCUUGGGGUGUCUGUAGGAUAUCGCUAUGCCUUAGGGGGUCUUCUUGUUUACUAUGAAGGCUGCAAAGCUGAAAGAGUUGCUGCCUCUUCAAGAGCCUUCUGCACAAGCAGCAGCAGCAGCAGCAGCAGCAGAGAAGAAGAAUCUGCUGCUGCUGCUGCUGCACCGGCAUCAGGCCCGCCUACUGCUGCUGAAUCUGUUGGUUGCUGCUGCUGCCGGGGCUGUCUGUGGGGCCCCCCUGGGGUGUCUAUUGCUUCGGGUGUCUCCUCAGCAAACCCGCAAGGCCCUCCUUCGUCUGACUGCAAGGAAGCAAAACAGGAACAGUGCAGCGAGGGAGAGCAGCAGGCAGCAGCAGCAGCAGCAGCAGCAGCAUCAGCGGGAGCAGCAGCAGCAGCACCGCAGCGGGAAGCAGCUGGGCCCUUGGAGAAGGAGACAGAGGAGAAGAGACACCCUAAACGACAAGACCCCGCUUGUGUUUGCUGCAGCACCAACCCUCUCACUAAACAAUUCAGAAGCAGAAGCGGCAGCAGCAGCAGCAGCAGCAGCAACAUGCGUUGCUGCUGCUUCUGUCCCUACAGAGACUGCAGGUUGCUGCUGCUCAAAGCAGCUGAAAAGGCGCUAAGGGAGACAGAGCCAGUCAGCCGAGAGGAGACACCUCAAGAGCCGCAGCAGCAGCAGCAGCAGCAGCAACGGCAACAGCAGCAGCAGCAGCCAGCGGAGAGCCUGAGGGCUGGGACUGAACGAGGCGAGCAAAAGGAGACAGCAGAAGAGACAGAAGCUGAGACAAAUGAAGAAAAGGAGACAGAGCAAGAAAAAGAGACAGAAGAAGAACAACAAACAGCGGCAGCUGAUACACCCGAGAACAGAGACCCUGCAGACCCUGCUCCAUCAGCAGCAGCAGGAGCGGCAGCAGCAGCAGCAGCAGCAGCAACAGCAGCAGCAGCAACAGCAGCAUCAGCAGGAAGCGUAAACGACGAGACAACGAAGGAGAGAAAGGAGACACAGACAGCGUUUGGCGUAGAGAGGGGGCCCAUGCUGCAGCAGCAGCUGCAGCAAACGCUCCCUGCAGCAGACGCUUCCUUGCUGCCGCUGCUGCUGCAGCUGCCGCUACCUUCGCCUCCUUCAGCACCCCAAAUACUGAUGGUGCCGCGAGACUCCUUGAUGUUUGAAUCUCGCUUUGAGUGCGGAAAUCUUCUUGCUGCUAUACGCGGUAUACAUGAGCCUCGGGUGUAUCUGCUGCUGCUGCGUCCGGAUGCAAAGACAAACAACAGAACAUCGUGGUUUUGUUUUUCUGCUGAAAGGCCUCCUUCUUCUCUCCCUAAUGCAGACCCUCUUAGAGUCACUUUUAAGAUAUUGAAUUUAGUGAAGGCAAACCCUUUCUACUCGCGGGGUUUAGGGGCCCCUCUGGUGUUCUCCUGCAAGGCCUUUCGGGAUCGUGGGGUGGGCUGGAGACGAUCCCAGGGCCCCGUGCGCUUCUAUAGAAACAGCGCUGCAGCAGCAGUUAAUUAUAUAUUAGAGGGAUGUGCGCCGCCUUCUGCUGCUGCUGCUGCUGCUGCUGCACCAGCUGCUGCUGCUGCUCCGGCGGCUGCUGCAGCUUCUCCAGCAGCUACAGCAGCAACUGGAGCAGCAGCAGCAACAAGUGCAGCAACAACAGCAGCAGCAUCUGCCCAGUCUGGCAUGGGCAAUGCCCCUGCAGCAGCAGCAGCAGCAGCUGCUGCUGCUGCUGCUGCUGCACCUGUAUCAUCAGCAGCAGAAGCUUCUGGUGCAGCAUCAGCAGCAACAUCAGCAUCAGGAGCAGCAGCAGCAACAGGAGCAUCAGCAUCAGCAUCAGCAGCAGCAUCAGCAGCAGCAGCAGGAGGCGUUGAGCACUGGACAUACACCGCAGACCGUCCUGCUGAAGACUUGAGGCAAUACUAUUACUCUUUAGAGUUUGAGUUUAUUUUCUCUGAAGAGACAGGGGAUAAGAUAUACUUUGCGAGCUGUCUCCCGUAUAGCUACUCAGACGUCCUUGAUCUAACUGCUGCUCUUCAAACAAACCCUAAGGCGAAGGAGGUGCCUGUUUUCCAUUGGUUUGUCUGUCUCUUUCUGUCUCUAUUUCUAUUUCUGUCUCCUUUUCUCUGUCUCCUUCUGCAGCUCUGCUCAACCGCGACUUUAUGCGAUACACCUGGGGGCCUCCCCUGCCCUGUCUUUCUUAUAGGAGACCCUUCCUUUAGGGAAGCUUUUCAGAAGCAGCAGCAGCAGCAGCAGCAGCAACAGCAGCAGCAGCAGCAGCAGCAGCAGCUGGAGCUGAAGCCUUUUGUCUUUAGUUCUUCAGGCUUUCUCUUUGACCCUCUCAAGACAGGAAGGAGACCCUGUGGGGCCCCACGACCCGAUGGGGCCCCUCACACUGCUGAGUGCAGCACAGCAGCAGCAGCAGCAGCAGCAACAGCAGCAACAGCAGCAACGGCUUCUGGAGAAGAGGCUGAAAGGGGAACAGCCACGGCAGCGCCUGAAACUGCAGCAGCAGCUGCAGCUGCUGCAGCAGCAGCUGCUGCUGCUUCAUGUCCCCGGUUAUGCGAAGAGGCCUCACAGCACCGAAGCCCUUCCGAUGCCUCAACAGCAGGCAGCAGCAACAGCAGCAACUGCAGCAGCAGCAGCAUCAGCAUCAGCACUGCGGAUAGUCUAUGCAACAGCAGCAACAACAGCGACAGAACAAGCAACAAAGACAGCAGCAGCAGCAGCAGCAGCAGCAAAAGAAGCAAGCACAACAGCAACAGAGAAAACCCCAGCAGCAACGACAGCCUCAGCAGCAGCAUCUCUACUCAAUGCAGCAGCAGCAGCAACAGCAGCAACAGCAGCAACAGCCACGGCAACAGCAGCAGCAGCAGUAGCAACAACAACAGCAACAAGGACAGCAUCAGCAACAAGAACAGCACCAAGAACAGCAGCAACAGCAGCAACAACAACAGUAGCAGCAACAGCAGCAGCGACAACAACAGCAGCAGCAACAGCAGCAACAACAGCAGCAGCAGCAGCAACAGCAGCAACAGCCACGGCAACAGCAGCAGCAGCAGUAGCAACAACAACAGCAACAAGGACAGCAUCAGCAACAAGAACAGCACCAAGAACAGCAGCAACAGCAGCAACAACAACAGUAGCAGCAACAGCAGCAGCGACAACAACAGCAGCAGCAACAGCAGCAACAACAGCAGCAGCAGCAGCAAUAGGGGUGAAGGAGGUGGAGGGGAGUGUGGGGUAUUGUCUCCUUUAAAGGUCGGAGGCACUGUCUCCUUUUGCAGUGUCUGUGCAGGCGUUAAGAAGCCAAUAUUGUUUAUAUCUUCUCAUUUGCCGUUAAGCUCAGAGGGGCCCCCUCUCUGCGAAGGACUGCCAGGGGGGCCCCUGUACCCUUUUGCUAAAGGGGCCCCCUUCUUUUCAGGGGGGCCCCUCUAUUCUGGGGGCCCCCCCACCUCAUGGGGGCCCCCCCCCACCAGCUCUACCUUGCUAAAGACAAUGGAAGACCGCUGUCCUUGGUUCGAUAUCAACGGGUGCAUAACAAAGAUCCACAAGUGCAAAGAGGGUACAGGGAGAGUUGUGGGGUUUAGGGAGUUGGGGAUCGUCUCCUCCUACACCCUGGAGGUCUCGAGCUUCGGCUACGGGGAGACAGACCCCCAGAAGCUGCUCAACGUCCUUAGAGUCGGAACACAAGGAAGAGACAGUGUCUCCUCCUCCACGGCCAACGAGGAGACAGGGGCCCCAGGAGAGAGGGCCCCUAAAGCUGCAAAGGAGGGGCCUCAAACCCUUUCUGCUUCCGCACCCAGGGGCCCCCAGCAUCUGUUGCUGCUUUUGUUUGCAGAAGACAUCGGUGCAGGGGCAUCUCCUCCUCCUCCUCAGCCGCUUGGGGGCCCCCCAGGAGGUACUGGGGGGCCCCCUACUUCGGAGGAUCAGGUGCUGGGGGGCCCCUCAAGCGGUGCAAGCCAUGGGGGCCCCUCAAGCGGUGUUGCAGCAGCUGCUGCUGCAGGGGCCUCCGGGGCCCCCGGGUCCCCAGGGGCCCCAGGAUCUCCAGGGGCCCCAGGGGAAGGUGGAGGGGCCCCCGGGGGCCCCCCCUCCUUGCAGCCGUUUGAAGCGGAUUCUUUGUUACUUGCUGGGGUGUCUGUGGGUUUGGCCCUGCACGACUGGGCCGUGCAGAUAUUACGGGGGGCCCCCCAGCUGCUGCAGGCUGGGGGGCCCCCUCCUACGAGCUCAGGGUUGAAGGCAGGGGGGGCCCCUGAAGCAUGUAUUAGGUGCGCUUUGCUGGGGCUGGGGGGGGCCCCCGCUGGCUCCACUGCUCCUCCUUGCAACGGUAACAAACCCUCAGGGGGCCCCCGAAAAAGGGGGGCCCCCCGGAGGCGGCACGGCUCAGCAGUACCCUCUAGGACAGAAGAUGGCAGCCUCUGGAGCGGAGCAAGGGCCCCCGGGGGCCCCCGGCUGCCCCGUGAUCUCUCUCUCAGACGCCUAACGGGGGGAGGCCCCCCCGGGGAAGCCUGUAUAGACAGUGGGGGGACCCCUGGGUCCCCAGGGGCCCCCCUUGCUGAGACACCGGAGACUGAAGGGGGCCCUGCAGGUAGUUCUUUAGGGUUUGAGUAUCUGCCUAGAGCAGAAGAAGCAGCAAGAGCAGCAACAGACGCAGUAAAGAAUUCAUUGAGAUACUUCGCUUCUAAAUCGAGUGCUGCUGCAGAGGGGCCCCCUGCUGCAGCAGAGGGGCCCCUUGCUGCAGCACAGGGGCCCCCCCAUACAGCAGGCUCGCGAGGGGGGCCCCCUCCCCGCCCUGGUGACGGCAUUGUGCUGCUAGAUGCAGAGGCCCUGCUGGGAGCCCCUGAGGGGCCCCAGGAUCGGCUUCCUUCAGUACCCCUACACAAAGACAAAUGCAUGCAGGGGACGACAAAAGCAGCAGCAGCAACAGGAGCAUCUGUUGCUGCUGCUGCAGCAGCUGCUGCUUCUGCUGCUUCAGCCACCUCCAGAGACGGGCGCUCCGCCUCUCUUACUUCAAAACCACCGGGGCCCCCGAGGGUACUGGGGACCCCUGGAAGCCCUGGGGGCCCCCAGGGCCCCCCAACACUACCAAAGAGAGCAGCCUUGGGGCUCCGCGGCCUCCCUAAAAGCGCAGCAGCUAGUCUCCGUCUGAGGCAGAGGAUACUGGUUUUAGGGAGGGGGCCCUUCAGCACAUCUUGUGACGGUGCAGCAGAGCCUCUUCCCGGGGACCCCUCAGGGGCCCCGGCCUCCCCAGGGUCUCCUCAAGGGGCCCCCUCAGGGGCCCCUCAAGGGGCCACCUCAGGGGCCUCCGGCAGGGGGCCCCCUAGAUGCAGCUCAGGGAGAAGAAAUCUGGGCCCCGAUGCUAUGAACAUCCCUCUUCAGGGGGGCCCCCAGGGGCCCCUCAGCCCUCACGAGAGGGGGAGCUGCUGCUUCUCCUCUCCAAAAAGAGACAGAGAAGAGGCGGAGGGGCCCCCCACCUGGGGCCCCCAAGAGACUGUCUCCGUGGGAGCAAUGGAGACAGCCGUACCUCCCCUGCAGCCUCAUCACCAGCACAGCCAGCGAAGAGACGAAAGGGGGCCCCAGAGGGGCCCCCAUGCUUGCUGCAGUUGGGCCCUCAGCCGUAUGAGAGCAGCAGCAGAUCACCUGAAUGAAGGGCGUUUGGGGGCCCCUGUGCCUCAGGGGGCCCCUCUCUCAGGAGACAGUGCAGCAGCUGCAACAGGAAGCCUGGAGGUACCCGAAGGCCCCUCAGGCCCAUUUGCUGCAGCUCCCUUAAGCCCUAAGACCUGUACAGACACCCCAAACCAAUGUGUUGACAGUGCGAGGGGGGCCCCCAGCAGCAACGGAAUAGAGGAAGGAGCUGCAACAAGCUCAAGAAGCUGCUGCCCUUCUAGCGCUGAGGGGUCCUGCAGUUGGGGGCCCCGACUUGCGGGUGUCUCCUACGGGUCUCCGCGGCAGCGGCUGCCUUCCCAGAGUGCCCAGGGGCCCCUGGGGUCCCCCAGUCAAAGAGGUUCCUUAGGGGCCCCCCAAAGGCCCUUUCGAGGUUCAGGGGGCCCCCUGAGCCCUGCUUGUACAGGGUCUUCAUCGGGCAUUCAGAGGGCCUCCGUUGGUUCUUUUCUGGGGCCCCUAGGGGCCCCAGCACCUUCUAACACACAGUACACACCCUGGGGAGAAGGGGCCCCUUCUGGGGGCCCCCUAGGGCUUGAGAGCCUCACAAUCAAAAGAGUUGUCCCCACCUUGAGGCCCCAAAGGCCCAGGAGAAGAGGCAGUGUACAGUGA